AUCCUCCGGUUCCUCAGCCCCGACACACCGCGGCCCGGUGGACAGUUGUACCGUCGACCCAGACUGCCACCACGCCCAACCGCGCCUCUCGUCGAUCAGAACAAUCGAUAUAACCAAUGAAACACGAGGAGUCGCCUGGAUUGUCGAGCGGCCUGUUUUGAACCGUGCGUCAAAAUGGCGAACGAACGGGCCUGCGCAAGGGCUACUGCGCAUCCCCGAUGGAGGGGAGUUUGGUGACGUAGGUUUGGAAACAAACACGUUUCUGCCGUUCUGCCCUCAGUGAGAAGAUGUUGCUCCUUCCGACUGGAGACCAUUCGAAGACCACAGCGGAACGUAAACCGCCCCGUCGAAGCACUCGAUCUAUGCGACGAUGCAGAAGGCUGCAGGCUUUUUGUGAAUCAGAAUUCGCCAUUCUUUGAAUGUCUGCAUUUCAUUCAUGGCCACCAAGAAGAAGCGUAAGGAGAUGGUGUUUCAAAAGGAAUGUACUAAUGGCUAUAGAAAAGCCUCAAAGCCUCCCCUUCCUGCUCCGUCGUUGGUUCUCCUUAAACCUGGGAAGGCCGAAGAAGGAGAUGGAACUAUUGUCGCGGACAAAGUGGAAGACUGCAUAAAGAUGCCCUCGACAGGCGAGUCCCCCCCCACUACAGCGGCCCUGGAGAAUCUGCCUGCCAUGAUCAGCUGCCACGGCGUGAGUGUCACCCUGGACAACAACGUCAUGUGGAACAAGUUCUUCAGGUGCCAGACGGAGAUGAUCCUCACUAAAGAUGGCAGCCGGAUGUUUCCCUACUGCCGCUUUCGCAUCUCAGGCCUGGACGCGUCUCAGAAGUACUCUCUGUUGGUGGACAUCCAGCCCCUGGACAGCAGCCGGUACGAAUGGACUGGACACCAAUGGCAGGUCGCUGGGAAGGCGUCACGCCAUUUGAAGAGUCAGGCAUUCUCUCACCCUGAUUCGCCGUCCACAGGGCAGCACUGGAUGGAGCAGCCGGUGUCUUUUUAUAAACUCAAGCUCACUAACGUGAUCCCCGGCCAGGGAAACCUUGUCCUGCAUCCACAGCAUCGCUACAUACCUCGUUUACUUGUCGUCCCUUUUUCUGCCAACGGCAAGAAGGACCUCAAGCUCAAUGGACCUCGGGUUGCUACUUUCACUUUUCCACAGACUGAGUUUUUUGCAGUCACUGCUUACCAGAACUCAAGGUUUACACAAUUGAAGGUAAACUAUAACCCAUUUGCUAAAGGGCUUAACGAUGAACGAUCAAGCUUCCUGGCCCUGAAGCCCAAAUCAGUUGCUAGCAAAGACUUGAACAAUGAGCCAGACCCGUCCAAUAAUCAAACUCCUCUUGUGAAGAAGAGUUUAAAGUGCUUGCUGGCAAACCAUAAGCCUAGAAGCUCCCCAGUAGCAGACCACCAGCAUUCAGAUACCUUGAUACCUGCAGCUACCAGCUCCACUGAAGAACUGUCUAGUCAGGCAAAGCCCUCUCGGAAGUUGUUUUCUGAACUGAUCCGAGAGGCCCACGUCUCCCUGCGAAGAUGCAAUUUGGACAAAAUGGUCACCAGUAUGCAAUCUACGUGCAAAGUAAAGGUGCCUGAGUUUGAGCUCCCGGUUCCGACAGUUUGCCCUGCAGUCGAUGAAAAGUCAACAACGGCUGCUUGUCCUGCCCCUAAAUCCCCAAUAAAGGCGGUUAUGUCUCCAUUGGACAGCAAGAAUAACUCUGAACCUCAACCAGAAGUAAAUGCGAGGCCACACAAGCGACCGGCGCUUGUUCCUCUUCCAGCUCUCGCCCGCUUCCUGUCAAAACAUCAGUCGAAACACAAGAAUGUGGGGUCCAGACAAGAGUCCUUAAAUAAACCACCCCCUGAGGCAACACCUCCCUCUAAAACGGCACCUUGUGACCGGUCCACUGUUGGUUCCCAACCUCGGUCAACCCUGCAUCACCCGGAACCAACACAAGAGGGUCAAGUAUUGGCUCCUCAAAUUGUGGUUCCUAAACCUAAGGUACCGGAUUGUACACUUGUGUUACCAAGCAUCGAUCUGCCAUUAUCUACUUCUGAGCAAAUAGAUUUCUCCACUUCUGCCCCUGAAGGGUUGCCAACAGCCAUUGACUCAAUCCUGGCUGACAUUACAGACUCCAGUACCAUAGCUCCAUGUGUGUCGACCAAUCAACCUGCCUCCCUCCUACCAGACUCUUCCCCCAUAGGUUUUGAAUCACUAUCUCCCGUCUCCUCACCAGAACCGUUACCCCCCCUACAUGUGUCUCUCGGAUUAGAAACCUUACCGUCUCCAUCAGCCGUCGACACUACCCUGAAAUGGCACUCGCUGUUUCCCCAGCCUGACCCAUUUUUGACCUCGUAUGCACACUUUUACCCCACAACCCAUUCUCCUACACUAAGCCUGCAGCAUCAGCCCAGCCAAGAAGCACCCUCUGUAACCCCUGACCCCUUGCUGCCUGAAGAUGAAUACCAGUCCUUACCAUUCCCGGGAGAGUUGUCUCCCCUUAAUCUCCAGCUCUCGAUGUCUCCAAGCUUCUCAUCGCUGGAUGGUGGCGCCUUGUCGCCUAGCCCGUCUCUCUCCGACAUCCUGUCCUUUAUCUCCAACGACCACAACAACCUUCUCUUGGAGGCCGAAGUCGUAAGGGCGGAGCCUGUUCUGGUUCCCUGCCCGCCGCCUCCCCUCGCGGUCCCAAUACCGAGGCCGGAUCCCGUCCCUCCAGUAGAACCAGAACCGGAACCAACCACCAAGCCGAUGAAGGGUAGGAAGAAGGGUAGGAAGGAACCGUCCGAAACGGCUCCCAGCGACUCCGACCCCGUGUACACCAAGAUGCAGCCGAGCUUGGAGGAAGUGGAGGAGCAGCUCUUCGUCUCCUUUACCUCCAAGGAAGCACUGAAGCUCCACAUUCAGGAACCACAUGACGGCCCAGGGACCCAGCCUCUCGAGAGCUCCAGAGAAGAUCCUCAACCAAAUGCACCCUCAUCGGAGGGAGAACCUUGUCCACAAAGCACACCUCCGCUAGACACGGGAGAGAUUGGGGCUACUGCAACUGGAGAACAUGCUUCUUCGGGUGAUGUGGUAAAGGAUUACCAGGAGAGCAUCGCUGCCUUUCAGAAGGUUCUCCUAUUGGAACUGAAGCUCAUGAAGAACAGACAGGUCAUCCACCCUGUGUUGCAAGAGGUCGGAUUGAAGAUGCAUUUACUGGAUUCUGCGCUCGCUAUAGACCUGCAGUACCUAGGGGUGCGUCUACCCAUCCCUCCUCAUCCUUUCUCCUUGGAAGCGCAGGCUCCAACGGCGCGGGCAGCAUCACCGCAAACAUCACCUCGUCUGAGUGUGUGCUUGGACUUUGUUUCUAGGACAGGUAAGACCUCAGACAUUACCCAAAUCAAGGGUUGGAGAGAGAAGUUCCCUCCUUCAGAGUCGUCUACAUCCUCUUCGUCCUCCAGGCCCGAAGCUGCUGUCUCGGCCGAGCAUCCCAGUAAGAACUUGUCGGCGUUCUGCAGCGACAUGCUGGAUGAGUACCUGGAGAAUGAGGGCAAGUUCCUCGACCAGCACGCCUCCAGCUUCUCCCAGGCCCCGCCCGAGCCCGUGGCCUACAAGCUCCCCGUCCAGAGCUCCAGCUACGUCCGGACCCUCGGCAGCGUCGUGAAGAAGCAGCGCCUCAGCGCGCCCACCUCCGCCCUCAUCUCCAGCUUCGUACCCCCCUCCAAGAGGCCCAGGCUGCCGCCCACCCCCACCAAGAAGCUCAGGCGAGACGGGAGGCAGAAGACCGCGGGGCUCAAACUGAAAGCGAAACCAGCAGCAGGCACUGGGGACCCGGCGCCGACCAACAGCGCUGUAGUGUCCCUCGCCCAGCCCCCGGCCCCCGCCACGUCUCAAGCCUCGCUGGCCACGCCCCCAAAAGUCCCGUCCCAGACGCAAGACAAACCUGAGGCACCCCCACCCCCAGCCAAGACGGCACCCCCUCCCGUCUCCACGCCGGCCAAUGCCCCACCGAAGAAGACAAAGAAACUGAAGUCGUCGCCCUCCCCUCUCCCGACGCCAAAGACGCCCGCGUCGAAGGACCUCGCUUGGGGCGUUCAGAACCUGGCUCCGCUGGAGUCGGACUCUGAGCUCGGCCCGGCCAAGGACGAGUCCCCGGGCCGGCCGCCGCCGCCGCCACCGCCACUGCCGCCACCGCCGCCCAGAGUCCUGGUCUCCGUCACGCUGCUAAAGCAGAGGGACCUGGAGGAGGCAGCGGUGUGGGAGGGGCGGCCCCGGACCUGCGUCACCGAGGAGAGGGCCUCCGUCGCCCUCACGUCGCUCUUCACCUCAGCCGGCUUCGUACGCGAAGACCCUACUGCUCCGAUCCAGCUGGUGAAGCGACCUACCCCGGCCUGUCUCAAGGACUUCUGCCUGCUGGGCUGUGUCUGCUCCAGCCUGGCCCAAUCCCGGCUCAUCACCCACUGCGGCAAGAUGGAUUGCAUGCUGGGUUGCAGCUGUCUGAGGCAGAAGGUGGUCCUGCUGAAGAACCUGGACGGGUCAGACUCCGGCUCCUCGGAAAUUGACCCCUCCAGGAGAAAGAGGAAGAGGAGGAUGAAGAUGGCCUAUGUUCUGAAGGAGACGGAGAGCGUGGCCCAGCCAGCCCAGCCGGUACGCACCUUGUGGAAGGGUGGCGACGUGGACCCUGAACCCAUGUUCACCCCAGAACACCUCAUACCCCCCAAGAAACAGGUGCGACGCGGGGCUGGGAAGAAGGGGAAGACCUGUGCCCGGGUCCGAGGUUACACAGGGAGGAAGACGCUCAACCACGCCCGGAAGUUGGAAGGUGUCCAGGAAACGGAGGAAGAACACACGCAGAUCUUGAAGAAGACGACGUCCAAAGGGACAGAAUCUCCCCCAGAUCGGAGCAAGCACCUGGUGAUCGUGGCCGAGUGCCGAUGGCCCAGUACGGAAGUUCAGAACCAGGUUCUGAAGGCUGUUUGCCAGGCCAUGGCCCAGGAGAAACUCCACAAGCCAUUCCGGAUCGGCAAAUACCAUGUCAAACUCCUGAGCUUCAACAUCAGAGAAGGCAUCGUCCACUACAAGGUCCACAUAUCCGAAGGCAAAGCAGACCCCUCCAAAACCCUGCAGUCCACCACUAGACCAGGUCCCACGGGCCCGAGUAAGACAGGAGGCGAGGAGACGGAGGGAGGGGAAACUGUGCAGGACUAUCAGGAGGAGGUUCGGGGAGAGAGCGCUGUGGAGUACUGGCAGAAGGAGGUGGAGGGAGAGGAGGAUGUAGAGUACUGGCAGAGGGAGGUGGAGGGAGAGGAGACGGAGGAGGACGCUCAGAAGGAGGUGGAGGAACAGGAGGCUCUGGAGCCCUGGCAGAAGGAGGUGGAGGAAGAGGAAGCUGAGGAGGACGCUCAGAAGGAGGUGGAGGGAGAGGAGGCUCUGGAGCCCUGGCAGAAGGAGGUGGAGGGAGAGGAGACGGAGGAGGACCCUCAGAAGGAGGUGGAGGAAGAGGAGGCUCUGGAGCCCUGGCAGAAGGAGAUGGAGGAAGAGGAAGCUGAGGAGGACCCUCAGAAGGAGGUGGAGGAAGAGGAAGCUGAGGAGGACCCUCAGAAGGAGGUGGAGGAAGAGGAGGCUCUGGAGCCCUGGCAGAAGGAGAUGGAGGAAGAGGAAGCUGAGGAGGACCCUCAGAAGGAGGUGGAGGAAGAGGAAGCUGAGGAGGACCCUCAGAAGGAGGUGGAGGAAGAGGAGGCUCUGGAGCCCUGGCAGAAGGAGGUGGAGGAAGAGGAAGCUGAGGAGGACCCUCAGAAGGAGAUGGAGACGGACAAAGAGGACCUGAAGGAGGUUAAAAAAAGGAUGAUGAAGAUGGCUCUGCCCUUCCUCUCUGGACUCUCCCACGCAGGCUUCCUCUCAGCCAACCUGAAGGCGGCGGGGGGAGGCAGCCUACUGGUGCAGGUCAACGGAAAGCCCUACCCCAACGCUAUGGUCCAGCUGGGGCGCAUGGGAGCCUUGCACCCGGCCAACCGGCUGGCAGCCUACCUCACCGGGCGGGUGUGCCCCACCCAGCCCCCAGCACCCCCCGCCUCCAGCACUGCUACGGUCUCCACGGCUACCACCCCUCCAGCCUCCGACCUGCAGAGUCCGCGGGUCGGGACCACGGGAUCGGGCCUCUCCUCUCAGAGGACCGGCGGGCGGAUGAUCCGGUUGGUUCCGCUGAGCCAGCUCAGGAAUCCGAAGGGCCGUGACGGGACUCCCGGGAACAACGAGGACCGCAAAAGCAUCUUCAUCACCGCGACCGGAUCCAGGAAGGUGAUUCGGGUGCUCUCUGUGGAGCCGGCCCCGUCAGCGGGAACCUGCAGGUUUCGGCUCGUCCCAGCCGGCGACCGCAGCAAAGCGUCGCUCAGUCUGCCCCUGCCCAAGCUUCCCCCGCUCACACCUGCUGGUUCCAGUGGAACCGACCAGAACGUCAGAGCUGCUGGUUCUAGUGGAACCAACCAGAACGUCAGAGCUGCUGGUUCUAAUGGAACCGACCAGAGCGUCAGAGCUGCUGGUUCUAGUGGAACCGACCAGAACGUCAGAGCUGCUGGUUCCAGUGGAACCAACCAGAGCGUCAGAGCUGCUGGUUCCAGUGGAACCAACCAGAACGUCCGAGCUGCUGGUUCCAGUGGAACCAACCAGAACGUCAGAGCUGCUGGUUCUAGUGGAACCAACCAGAGCGUCAGAGCUGCUGGUUCUAGUGGAACCAACCAGAGCGUCAGAGCUGCUGGUUCUAAUGGAACCGACCAGAGCGUCAGAGCUGCUGGUUCUAGUGGAACCGACCAGAGCGUCCGAGCUGCUGGUUCUAAUGGAACCGACCAGAGCGUCAGAGCUGCUGGUUCUAGUGGAACCGACCAGAGCGUCCGAGCUGCUGGUUCCAGUGGAACCAACCAGAGCGUCAGAGCUGCUGGUUCUAGUGGAACCAACCAGAGCGUCCGAGCUGCUGGUUCUAGUGGAACCAACCAGAGCGUCCGAGCUGCUGGUUCCAGUGGAACCAACCAGAACGGCGACAUCCGACAAAUCGCUUACAGCGGAACGGACCUGAACAUCAUCUGUGUGGACAACGAGUCCGAUGUCCUGACGAAUGAAGGGCAUGUGGGCGUGGCUAGGACAUCCUCCAGGGCCUCGUCGGCUGUUGUGCCGAGGGCAGAGCAUGACGUGGUGGUUUUGUCGUCCAGUGAUCUGAGCGAUUCGUCCUUGGACAGCAAGCGGGAGGACGGGCCGGGCGACGGCGCUAGGCGAGACAGGCGUAACAGCCGUUUCAGGCUCUUGGAGGCGGAACGUAGAAAGGCCAUCAAUGUGGGGGUAGCCAGACUGCAGAAGGAGAUGGGGCUCGGAGAAAAGACUCCCAAAGUCACAACCACCAAGCAGGCCCGUGAGGAGUUGCUGGAGCUGAGGAGCUCGGAGGGCAAGCUGGCGCGACUCAAUGUCGCGGCCUCACUGAGGAGGCAGCGAGGGGAACACAUCAGGGCUCUGGCCCUCAGGACAGGGAGGUCAGAGGCGUCCGUCUCCAGAGAACUGCUGCUGCUGUCCAUUGGGAACACGCAACCGGGAUGGACAGGAAGUGAUCCCCCGUUGGCUCCCGAGGUCGUGGCUCGGAUGGAAGAGACGGACUCCGAUGAGGAGAACCUUCCCUCAGACGCGCACGACUACAUCGGCAGCAGCAUCCGUGGUGACGGCAAGGUCGACAUUGAGGCAUUGGCGGAUGACGUAUCAAAUACCGCGGGUGACAAGAAGUGUCUGGUCACGGCCUACAAGUCUCUACGCUCUGAACUCAACAGUAUGACCGCAACCAAAACGGAACUCGUGGCCUCGGCCUACAGCGUGAUCUGUGAUCUGAAGGACGAGGAGAAGCUCUGUGAGAAGGUUAUGGCGGCCCUGAGACGCCAGCGAGCCCGGCUCAUCAACACCAUCUCUGUUAGAUCUGGGAGGUCAACCAGGAAGAUCCUGGAGAAGCUUCAGAGCAUCACAGCCAAGCAGCGGCAGCUGGAGGAGAGGCGACCCAGAUUCCGGCCAGCAGAGACCGCCACGCCGCUGGACCUCUCAUCCACCGCCAGACCACGGAGCCAGCUCCCAGCUCCACCCUGUGCUGCACAGCUGGAUCCGCAGCCCCCCCCUCCUACAGCCAGGUCCCCCCACAGUGCGUCCAGGCUGAAGACCGUGCCCAACAUCCUGACCCGAAGGAAGCCGCCCUCUCCGCCUUUGUCCCCCUCGCCGUCCCCUCCCGUCGGGUGGAGCGAGAGUAGAGAAGCUCCGGCCUUCCACACCUCCAUGAUGCCAGCCGGCCUUGUUUCCUUCCUGUGUCCGUUACCAGGACAACAGGUCCUCACACUGAAGCACAUGGCGUAUGAACCGGGAGCCCCGCCUCCAAACCCAGGUGUGGCUUCAGUCAGCCUAGAUAUCGCUUACCCAGCCAAUGAAAACAUACCUCACCCCGGCGUGUCCCGCCCCUCCAGCAGCAAUGGUCCUUUCACCACCCUCUUGUACCUGGUGCCCUCAAACACAGCCCUGCAACAACUGCAGGGACCGGCAGUCGAGGAACCUGGGUCCCUACCCCAGCCCCAGACCCUCCAGGCUGGGUCCCUACCCCAGCCCCAGACCCUCCAGGCUGGGUCCCUACCCCACCCCCAGACCCUCUUCUCUGCUGGGGCACCACCACCCCACCAGACCUUCCCUGCUGGAUCGAUACCCCACCCCCAGACCCUCCCCUCUGGGGUGCCUGGGGCCAAACUUGAAGAGUGUGGGCCCAGGCCCCUGGGCCCCCCCCUGCCCGCGGCCGCCCCCCCCUCGGAGACCCGGCCCGCACUGCUGAUCCCGGACGGGGGUAAGGCCCUCUUCCCUCCCCUGAACCAGCUCUCCUUCCUCAAAGCGAACAUUGGCCCGCCGGCAGACCGGACCGCGCUCUCGUCUGUGCCCGGACACCCGUUCUCAUCCCUGGGCCGUGAGCCCCACAAAGACGGACCCCUCGGACCCUCCCUGUCCACUGAGGACCUGACGGAGGCCACACAGGUCGACGCUCACCUGCAGAAUGCAGCUGGCCCGGAGCCCAACGGUUGCCACGCACUACACUACCCACAAUGCAGUUCAACGAGUGGUACGCUGACACUGCCCCCGCUGCUGCAGAUGAAUGUGGGCGGAACCAAAGUGAGCGAGUCCACCAAUAAGAGAGCAGUGGGUGCGUGGAAGCCUAUGCCCCGCCUCGCUGCUAUGGGGGUGAAGGGGGGGACCCCCCAUCUGACCUCUGCCCCCUGAUCUUGUGUCCGAUCUUACCCCGGAGGACACAGAUGUCUGGUCUGUCCCCUGCCGUGGUACACUCCCGGCUAGGCUAACGCUCCCUGCUAGGCUAACACUCCCAGCUAGCACAAGUCGCUAGUGUUCUUAUCCAAGCCGACUGGACAGAAAAGCCGGUUUUCCUUAUUUAACGCGAUGUGUCCCACAUUUGAGGGGAGAUAAACGUUGCUAUGACGACAGGGUACCGACGGGACCAACGGCUGAGUGAGUUUAGGAGGGAUGUCUGAGGUUUCCCGGGGGCAACGGAGACUGAGUGCCUUCUUACAAGCCAAAGUGUGUGUGUGAGAGACACUUAGCUGUAGAACUUGGUUUCUUCACGUUGAUCCGCUACACUGGCGCGUUCCGACAGCGGUUCCACUUAACGGAACGGUUCUACGGUGGAGAACUCUGGUUCUACGGCCGCUUCAGACCCACUGACUGGUCACUCCUCAAAGGAGGCCUUCUGAACCACGAAGCCCUCUGUCCUCAAGUCCUCUGGUCAACCUUCUGACCUCUGGCUGAGCGACGUGGCAACACCUCGCUAGCCCCUACACACAUGCCACGCCCCUUUACACAGACCCCGCCCCCAGGGAGGGUCAACCAGGAAGUGAGGAACCAUGAGUAAGAGUGGAGUCCUUUAGCCUGUGAACCUUUACCAUGUAUAUAUUUAUGCAUAUGUUUACUUUGUAUAUUCUGUACAGUUUUCCCACGUUUUGGGAUUUCCUUUGUUGUGCAUUUGAGGAACAUCUUGUAUUUUUGUACCGAUGUUGAUGUUAAUAUGUAAGUAUGUUUGUGGUAAACUAAACCUUGCACUAAUAUUACUCCAAUAAACAACGUUUAUAAAUAUCCUCA